GAUCUUCCAACAGUGCCUAAUUCUCACGGUGACAUUUGGAAUAGUAGCUAUUUCUGCUAAAAGAUGGCGCAACAAACAAGGCCGUCCUAAACAACCCAAAUCUCCAGCAGCUCGCGUCCAGCCUCGCGUUUUGGACCUCCUGCAAGCAAUCCGAAUACCAUUCGCCUCUCAGGGAGUGGAUUUUUUGAUCGGUCCCGAUGGAUUUCCUGCCUUUCGACUGGACCAAGAAGCUGACGUUAAAGCGCCUUACAGACUUCAUUUGCCACCCACCUUAUUCCGAGAUUUUACUAUUGGGGUUACUCUGCUUCCCAGUAAUUUCAGUGGAGGAUACGUCUUCGCAGUUGUGAAUCCAACUGAAACGGUUAUUCAGUUGGGACUUAAAGUAGCCGGAUUCAAUGAAUCAACAUUCAAUGUGACGUUGUACUACACUGAUGUGGAUAUGCACCUCACACCUCAAGUAUUAGUCACUUUUGCAGUGCCUGAUUUUGUGGGAGUGUGGACAAGAUUAGCUCUGAGGGUUGCAAAAAACAAUAUAACUUUAUAUUACAACUGUGAAGAAUUUUCCACUGCCGUAGUUAAAAGGAUACCUAAAAAAUUAGUUUUCGAUACAGCAUCUACUUUAUAUAUCGGGCAAGCCGGUCCUUUGCUCACUGGCCAUUUUCAGGGAGGAUUGCAAGAACUGAAAAUCUACAACAAACCCGGCGUCGCCGAAAUUUACUGCGAUGCAGCUUUCCAGUUUUUAAUAUAUUAUGCUUAUGCUAUCUGCUACAACUGGAAGCAUAAGGAGACACUGGGCGCUUGGUUUCGGCGUGCUGUGCGGAAUGCUCAUUGUGGCUUCAGUUUAUCAUCCAUGGGUUUUGCAUUAGAUAUAGGUGGAUGUGGUGGACUACUGAUUACCUAA